CAAGAAAAGGGGGCAUAAACCCACGCUGGCGCUUGUCGUGCGCAUGUUCAGUUUGGUUGCGUUCGUAGUUUUCUAUACGCUCGCGCGUUUCCAGCAGCUGCACAUCGACCAUCUGCACAUGCGAAGCGAACCAUAUAUAUCAGCACGCCAGCCCUGAAACCCAACCAAUCCUACGCAUCGAUCUGGGCGAAAUUGUGUGCCGCUUUGACGAGUUCCGGUGUGUCCCUCCCUUCAUUCAGAGUCGCUCGCUGAACGGUUCUUGUUCCGGGCGCCUUUGACCCUCGCGGCACCGCCGUUGCUUGCUCGCCUUUAACAAAAUCAUGGGCGCUGCAACUGCAACUGGUUCAAAGCAAAGCAACGAGAAAGCGAUGACCUAGCUAUAGCUUCCACGAAGCAAGCGCCCGGCAGCCACUAAUCAAUCCUCCUCUCUUUCUAUAUAUAUACAUACAUGACCGGCCGGUAAAGGGGCAAUCAUCUCCUCCCUACUCACGCUCGUCCUCGACUCUCCUACAUUCAGAAGCGCUAGUCUCCACCCCCUUCUGCCAGAUCGGCGCAGUUUCCCGCUGUGACCUCGCGUUGGUUCGGCGGCGGAGUGUGAGAGAUAUUAUGAGCAAGAAGGCGGCGGAGGGCAGCGGCGGCGGCGGCGGCAAGCUGGGGCGGUGGCUGGGCGCGCCGGUGCGGGCGCUGUCGCGCGCGUGCGACUCGUACGUGCGCCGCAUGUCGGCGUGCGCGGGCCGGGUGCCGGCGCACGCGGCCACGUACGGCGGGCGCGGCGGGUUCGCGCCGGGGGCCGCCACGUUCAGCUCGCGCUCCCGGCGCCGCGGCGGGGGCCAGGAGGAGGACGUCAACGAGCUCGUGCGCGCCAUGUCCCUGCGCCAGGCGGCGGCGGCCGCCACGGAGACGACGGUGCCGGUCCGCAGCCGGAGCGUGGCGGUGGGGCGGAUCGACGAGGACGCGCCGUGCGAGUUCGGCGCCGACGACGCCGUGCGCGUCGGUGGCCCCGCCGUGCGCAGGGUCCGCAGCGUCGCCGUGGCCGGCGCCGGGUACAACUAACGGCCGGCGGGGUCGGGCGGCGUCGUGCGCGGCUGAUCCGUCGUCUGGCCCGGUCGUCGGCGCGUGCGUGCGAGCAAGGAGCAAGAGCAACGGUGGCGUCGUAUCUUCCUCGCGUGCAGUGUGCAUAAUAACUAGCCCGACUUCUUCAGCUAGGGUUCGUAAUCGUAGCUCUUAGUAACAGCAGCAUCUCAGUUGGUUUAUGUUUGUUUAGUGAUCAGGGUCUGUCACGACUCACGACGACUUUGGCGGUGUCGGUCAUGCGUGUGUGAUAUAUAGAUUGGAACGUGUACGUGUCCACCAAGCCGCGAUCUGGUGUACAUAUACUAAUCUACGUAGCACGUACGUACCUACCGUACUAGCUAUUGUUUGUUUCUACAUUCGUCAGCAUAUGUGUUGCGUACAGUAUGCAAAGUGUCUGCAUCA